GGAGAAUCCGGGUUUCGCGGAAGCGUAGGAAAUCCGGGAUCGGACCCGAGCCUGCAGUUGAAUUUACCUGUAAAAAGAAUCGGCGCGAGGGAAGGUAAGGCCCGACCGACCGACGGGGACGAGCUGACAGACGGUAUGGAGGAUGAUGAACUUUCGUCAGAGGAUGGGAUGGCUGGGCGUGGCUCUCUACCUGCUGCUCAGCAUGGUGGCGGCGUACUACAUCUUUGAGGUGCACAGCUUCAGCCUGGAGCACGUGCAGAGGGGCGGCAUGGGCCCGUUGGCUCUGCCGCCCGCCGUCUCCGCCCACCUCCCACCGCUCCCUGCGUGGAUGUGGGUGUCGGUCUUCCUGCUGCCGUACCUGCAGCUCUUCCUGUUCCUGUUCUCGUGCACCAGAGCCGACCCACGGGCCAUCGGGUACUGCGUGCUUCCGGUCUGCAUCGUCCUGCUCUGCAGCCGCCGCCACGCCGACAAACCAGCCAACUUGAGAGCGGGAUCACUCAUCCACACGUAGGGGGGCGGGGCCACGGUUCACGGUCGUGUUUGUGUUGUUUGUGACGUCACUUCCUGUGUGCCUUUGAAGAAACACUCCCUCGGACUUAAGCAGCUGCAGGCAGCUCUGCCCUCGGUUCGGACUGUCAGGCACACACCUGCAGCUGCCCUGCACCCUCUCUUUGUGACAUCUCAGAAAAUUCUGCGCUCUGAUUGGCUGCUCCUGAUGUGCGCCUGGGUCAGAUGACGGUGGUAUCGUUGCCAUGGUUACUCACUGCUGUCAACCAAGCAGAGACCAACUUUUUUUUCUCUUUUUCUGUUUUGAUUGUUGUGAAUUUUUAUAUUUAAAAAAUGUGACACACUGGUUACCAUGACAACUUUAAUACAACAUCAAUAAAGGCGAAACCAAAACAGC